AUGGUUGUCCAAGUUGGUAUUAACGGUUUCGGUCGUAUCGGUCGUAUUGUCCUCCGUGCUUCCCUUGAAAACCCCAACGUUCAAGUUGUUGCUGUCAAUGACCCCUUCAUUGACCUUGAAUACAUGGUCUACAUGUUCAAGUACGACUCCACCCACGGCCGCUUCAAGGGUACCGUUGAGGCUAAGGAUGGCAAGCUUAUUGUGAACGGCAAGCCUAUCACCGUCCACGCUGAACGUGAUCCUUCCCAAAUCCCCUGGGGCCAAGACAACGCUGCCUAUGUUGUUGAGUCCACUGGUGUCUUCACUACCAUUGAGAAGGCUAAGGCUCACUUGGUUGGUGGUGCCAAGAAGGUUGUUAUCUCUGCUCCUUCUGCUGAUGCCCCCAUGUUCGUUUGCGGUGUCAACCUUGAUUCCUACAAGUCUGAAUACCAAGUCAUCUCCAACGCCUCUUGCACCACCAACUGCUUGGCUCCCCUUGCUAAGGUCAUUGAUGACAAGUUCAAGAUUGUUGAGGGUCUCAUGACCACCGUUCACGCUACCACUGCCACCCAAAAGACCGUUGAUGGUCCCUCUGGUAAGGAUUGGCGUGCUGGCCGUGGCGCUGGUGCCAACAUCAUCCCUGCCUCCACUGGUGCUGCUAAGGCUGUUGGCAAGGUCAUUCCCCACCUUAACGGCAAGCUUACCGGCAUGUCCUUCCGUGUCCCUAACCCCGAUGUCUCUGUUGUUGACUUGACUGUUCGCAUUGAGCAAGGUGCUUCUUACGAUGAGAUCAAGGAAGCUAUCAAGGCUGCCUCUGAGAACGAGCUUAAGGGCAUUCUCGGCUACACUGAGGAUGAAGUUGUCUCCACCGAUUUCUUGGGUGACAGCCGCUCUUCCAUCUUUGAUGCCAAGGCUGGUAUCUCUCUCAACCCCAACUUUGUCAAGCUCAUCUCGUGGUAUGACAAUGAGUACGGUUACUCCACCCGUGUUGUCGACUUGAUCUGCCACGCUGCCAAGGUCGAUGGUGCUCUGUAA